AUGAAUGUCCAAAAAGCACCACGAAAGUUUCAACCACCAACCCAUUUUCAGAAAGAAUUCCAAUAUAUCCACGAACUAUGUGGGCAGCUAAAACAAUUGGAAGAAUCUCAACGUCAAGAAGCCAUAUUCAAACGUAAUCAAGAUUAUAAUGAACUCAAAGAAAUGACUGAAAAGUCUAAACAGGAUGAUGAAUUGGCACUUUUGGGAACAGAAGCAGCUAUGGGUAUUAUCAACAUUGGACUUCGAAAACAGAUGCUACGAACACGGCUUGUUAGUAGAGUCAGUGAUGAAAAAGGCAAGCUUAUUUGCGUUACAAUAAGGAAUUGUAAAAAUAAAAUGUGUGUAUAA